UGACAUCAUCGUUGCACCGUCGAGAUCAUCAAGAUCUAUUCCUGGCGGGUUCGGAGCAGGCGGUGGCACUAGGUAUCCCGGGCCGUCUGGUGAUGUCGGUAUAGGGGGGACGCAUCCACCACCUUCACACGGUGGUCUUGGCACCCGUGGUGGCGGUGGUGGUGUUAAUGAUGGUCUUGGUGGCGGAGGCGACGGUGGAAUCGGCAGUGGAGGUGAUGGUGGAACCGGCAGUGGAGGCGCUGGUGGAAUCGGAGGUAGGGAUGGUGGAAUCGGUGGAGGUGGACACUCUAUUAUUGCUGGGGGUGGAGGUGGACACUCUAUUACUGGGGGUGGAGGUGGAAGCUCGCAUUCAAUGCACAUUAUGCGUGGAACAUGGCCUUUUCCCAGUGUUGAGGUUGUUUGGGUAGUGGUGGUGGUAGCUGAAACAGUGGAGAAUAGUGUUGAUAGGAGAAAAAUAAUGGAGGAGAAGGUGAACAGAAGAGGAAGAUGUGCCAUGUUCAUUGGAUAUGGGUAUGAAAAGCGUAGCAUCUUUGCACCGUUGAUAAUCUCGUCAAGAUCUAGCGUUCCCGGCGGGUAUGGAAGGCGCGGUGGCGAUAAAUAUUCCUGUUUGUCUGGUGUCCCCGGCAUAGGGGGUAGCAAGCAAUCAAUACCUCCACCUCCACACUCUGGUCUUGGCGGCGGUGGAGAUAUAACAACAGGCUGUGGUGGUGGUGGUGACUGUGGUUUUGGCCGUUUUGGCGGCGGUGGACAUUCAACAACAGGUGGUGGAGGUGAUGGUGGUAUCGGAGGCGGAGGUGAGGGUGGUGGAGGUGAUGGUGGUAUCGGCGGUGGAGGUGAGGGUGGCGGUGGACACUCUAUUACUGGGGGUGGGGGUGAAUGUGGAUGCUCGCACUCAUAG